AUGGCUGAUGAGCAUGUGAAUUCCUCUAAUCAAUCCGAUGGCUUCACUAUAUUCACUUUAGAUCCCUCACAUCCUCUCUAUAUUCAUCCCUCAGACAGUCCUGGCACUCACUUAGUAUCUCCUCAUUUCGAUGGUACUGGAUUUGUUGCCUGGCGUAAAAGCAUGUUAGUUUCCCUUUCUGCCAAAAAUAAAUUGGCACUAAUUGAUGGUCGUCAGUCUAAACCUCCUAAUAACUCACCUUAUUACUCCUACUGGGAAAGGUGUAACGAUAUGGUGGUCGCUUGGAUCACCAAUUCUCUUUCUAGAGACAUUGCAACCAGUGUUCUAGGUUAUGACACUGCGAAAGAGAUUUGGUUGGACUUAAAUGAGAGAUUUGGUCAGUCUAACGGUUCCAAGUGCAUUCAGAUACAAAGGGAAAUUGGAACCAUUUCCCAGGGAACCUUAGACAUAGCCUCUUAUUUCACAAAGUUUCGUAGUCUUUGGGAUGAGCUUCAGACUGCUUAUGUAGGUCCUACAUGUUCAUGUGGUGCUCUACCCAAGUUCCUUGAUGAAAUGAAAUUCUUUUGGUUCCUGGCCGGACUAAAUGAGUCAUAUAAUACUGUCAAAAGCAACAUUCUCAUGAUAUCACCACUCCUAUCAGUUAGUAAGGCAUAUUCCAUGUUGCAACACGAUGAGAGACAAAGGGAAACAUCCCCAGCUCCAAGUUUCUCUAGUGAUUCUGUCUUUUUUUCUGCAUCCUCCACUCCUUCAACCCAUUCACAAAAUCAUGGUGGCAAAGAUCUUUCAAUCAGAAGAUUCAUUUUGAGUCAAAGAAACCUGGACAACCCAUGA